GUUAACAUCUACCACACAAAAUGGGUUAGCGUUUUCAGUCCUAGCUUUAAAAUCUAAGUCCCGGUCAAACCCAGCAGAACUCUCCAAGGCAUCUUGCACCAUGUCAAAGAGUUCUGGAGGGGACAGAUGGCUAAGUGAGCUUGGUUACAAGCUGGGCCAAACCCUUGGGGAGGGGAGCUAUUCCAAGGUGCGGGUAGCCACCUCAGCCAAGUACAAAGGCCCACUAGCCAUCAAAGUGGUAGACCGACGCCGGGCACCCCCUGACUUUGUACACAAGUUUCUCCCACGAGAGCUCUCCAUCCUACGGGCAAUUCGUCACCCAAACAUAGUACGUGUUUUUGAGUUCAUUGAGGUUUGCAACGGGAAACUUUACAUUGUGAUGGAAGCUGCUUCCACUGACUUGCUACAGUUGGUGCAACAACUUGGGAAACUCCCCUGUAUUCCAGAUGCUCGGGAAAUCUUUGCCCAGGUGGUGAGUGCUGUGCGUUAUUUGCAUGACCGGAAUUUGGUGCACCGGGACCUCAAGUGUGAGAAUGUGCUGCUCACUGCAGAUGGCCGCCGAGCAAAGCUGACGGACUUUGGCUUUGGCCGGGAGUCUCGUGGGUAUCCAGACCUGAGCACCACUUACUGUGGAUCUGCUGCCUAUGCCUCCCCUGAAGUGCUGCUGGGCAUUCCCUAUGACCCCAAGAAAUAUGAUGUGUGGAGCCUGGGUGUUGUGCUUUAUGUGAUGGUGACUGGCUGCAUGCCCUUCGAUGACAGCCACAUUCAUAGCAUGCCCCGCCGCCAAAAGAAGGGGGUAUUCUACCCAGAGGGCCUCCCCGCUUUGCCUGAGCCCUGCAAGUGCCUUAUAGCCCAAUUGCUCCAGUUCAGCCCAGCUUCUAGACCUGGAGUGGGCCAGGUGGCCAAAAACAUCUGGCUGAAAGGGGGGAUUAUAAGCAAAGACACCUCUUCCAGAUAGCUCUGCUCUAGGAUCAUCAAUCAGAGCUUUGACCGGACAGAGCUGUUGUGGGGGAAGAACCGAUUGGAAAGCAAUAUCAACAAAGAUGGAGCUACAGAGCAGUCUGGGAUCAUGCUCAGGUGCUGCAGCCAUUCUGUAGCACUGAGAGGCAUGAUCAUUGGGUGUGCUAUAGGAGAAAGCAACAAUAUGAACCUGAAUGAGACUGGAUUUUUUAAAAAUGCAAACAGACCAGUUACUUAACACUGAAUGGAAGACACAGACGAAGGGACACAGAGAACAUGCCGCACCCCAAACCACACACAAAUGGAAAGCAAGGAGGCCUGUGGUGAAAGAAAAGAGCUGUAACUCUCCACCUUGCCCAUGAUUUGGACUUCCUCGCAGAACCUAUGCUUGCCAAUGUGCAGGUGAGACAAUGAGACAUACUGGUGAAAAAUGUUGCCUGAAGUCUAAUGCACAAAUAAACUCAGAAGCUCCUC